AUGAGUUGGGACUACAAGGUUGACAUCUGGAGUGUUGGCAUGUUGAUCUGGGAUCUUUUUGAGCAUCGCCACCUUUUCAGGGCUCGAAAUCCCGCGCGUGAACUUGAUGAUGGGUAUCAUCUUGCCGAAAUGCAGGCGGCCUUUGAGCCCUUUGUCUACUCCAACCUAGUUGUGUAUAGUGACUAUGAGCACAAAGAUGAGAGGCAACGUGGAAUAUCUCUCCAAAAUUUCCAAAAGCUCACAUCCGGCCACCGUGCUGAAUCAAUAGGAGAACCAACUUAUCGCACGCUGGAAGCCCGGAUCGAAAUCGACGAGAUUGAAGAUUGGGAAGAGGUGAUAGAUGUGAAAGCGGGAUGGGGCGAUCCGGAAUUACGGACUGAAGAACACUUCUAUCGACUUCUUAUAUCGCUCGGCUAUGCGGCCCGACGUAUGCCCCGUUUAAAGAACGUGAAAAUCAAAGUGGAAAGCCAAAAUCCGUUUACCCUCUAUCUUCGGAAUAAGGCGGACCAGAUUACUCUAGAAUGGGAGUGUUAUCCCCCAUAUCGGCCAGAUACUCGGGUGGCAAAGGCGUGGAAUUUUGACCUAAAUGUUGUGGAAACUUACCCUAGAUGGGAGGAUCUUUCUUUUGUGAUACUUCCGACCUGGCGGCCCAAUACCUCUAUCUAG